AACGCCAGCUUCACCAACACUCACACGGGCACGAGUCCUCCUCUCCUCUCUGCUGCUCUGAUUUUUUUUCUCUUAGUGCAGCAUCCUGGUGCCUUUUACAUUCCUUCAGUUUUUUGUGUAUUUUAAAUUGUAUUGCAUUUCAAAGCUCCUCUGCAACAGCUAUAUACUUUUUUUCCCACAUUUGAUGUGUGAUGGACACUGUUGAGGGGAGUUUAUGCCUCUUUUAAGCCGAAGUGCACUGAUCAAAGCGCAUACAGUAGUGGUUUAACAAAUAUUUCGCCAAGAAAGCAGCACGUUCUUGUUCAGAGCAAGAAAACAGACUGAAAGGAUGCUCACUGUUACGAGGAGUCGGUGCUGUUGGAUGUUGCCGCUGAUCGUCGCGUUUGUGCGGAUGGGAGAAACUCAGGGGAUCGAGAGCCAGGCUCAGGUGAACUCCAUCAAAUCUCUGGAGCCGCAGCCCGCCGCCGCUAACCGCUCCGGGGCUUCAUACAGCGGCAUCCCGAAGAAGAGCAACAUCCCCGCUCAGGGUUAUCCAUGCAGCAGUGAUAAAGAGUGUGUGGUGGGAACGUACUGCCACAGCCCUCAACACGCGCCAUCCCGCUGCCUGUCAUGCCGCCGGAGGAAGAAGCGCUGCCACAGAGACAACAUGUGUUGUCCGGGAAACCGCUGCAGCAACUACAUCUGCAUUCCGAUCUCAGAGAGCGCCUUGUCCUCGCACAAAUCCUCUAUGGAUGAGAACAACAAGUUUUCCAUCAAAGAGAAGAACUGGAAGAAGAACGGGAAAGCUCACGCCAAGAUCUCUCUCAAAGGUCACGAAGGCGACCCUUGCCUGCGAUCGUCCGACUGCUCGGAGGGCUACUGCUGCGCCCGCCACUUCUGGACCAAAAUCUGCAAGCCCGUCCUGCGGCAGGGGGAAGUCUGCACCAAACAGCGCAAAAAAGGCUCCCACGGCCUGGAGAUCUUCCAGCGCUGCGACUGUGCCAAAGGACUAGCCUGCAAGGUAUGGAAAGACGCCACCUCAUUCUCCAGAUCCAGGCUGCACGUGUGCCAGAGGAUCUAAGAAGGGACGUUCCAUACAAAACAAGCAGCACCUUGAGGGCCCUGCGUCGGACUCCUUUUCUGCAGGACUUACUUAGCUGUGAUAAAGAGUGAGAUACAGAUGAAUGUGUGCCAGAACAGGGUGGGUUUAGGACGGGAAUGAAGCGAAACAGCGGAUACUCAGUGUGAUGCACUCCGGGCAUCUUUUCUGGAGGUUUCAAUGAUUUACAAGCCAUAUUUAUCUCUGGUAGAGGGCUGGGAUUGAUGGUUUUAGUGUCUUCUCGGAUCUGAAUGCUCUGAUUUGUUUUUGUUUUGUCAA